CAACAGUCAGAGUGCCUAGCUAAGACGGACAAAGUUCAAGCACCAGUAAUGGCGGCACGCUUCGCUUUUCAGACCGUUCCCGAGAGGAUUUUUAGACAGCUUGUAAGACGGAGUACAAGUGGACUUGAAGUCCUGGGAAGGUCCCAGUAUGUGAACAGUGUCUCAACAGAACAUUCUAGGAAGUAUCGUGCUGUAGUGUGCACAGAACUAAAGAAGCCACUGGAAGUCCAAACACUAUCAAGACCUGAACUUAAGCCGGAGGAGGUGAGGGUGUCCAUUCAUUGCUGUGGAGUGAAUUUUGCUGAUAUCCUGGCAUGUCAGGGCCUAUAUCAAGAACAACUUUCUUUACCUUUCACUCCAGGCAUGGAGUUUUCUGGCAGUGUGAUCGAAACUGGAUCUAGUGUUACAAAUUUUCAGAAGGGUGACCGUGUUAUUGCAGUUACUGAGGGAAAAGGCAUGGCAGAGGAGUGCAUCAUAAAUCAAAAGUUGCUUUGGAAGGUGCCUAAAGAAGUGAGUUAUGAAGAGGCUGCUGCUCUGCCGGUAUCUUAUGGUACUGGGCUCCUUGCAUUACAACACCGGGCAGCAACCCAACCAGGGGAGGUAGUGUUGGUCACUGCAGCUGCAGGAGGUGCUGGUCUUGCUGCUGUUGAUAUUGCUGCAAAUGUUCUUCAAGCAAAGGUGAUUGCUGCAGCAGGAAGUGAUGAGAAGUGCAAGAUAGCAGUCCAGAAGGGAGCAUCUUCCAGUAUCAAUUAUUCCAGCAGUAACUUAAAAGAGGAGUUGAAAAAACUGACCAAUUCACAGGGAGUCGAUGUGGUAUUUGAUGCAGUUGGUGGAGAGAUCUUCAAAGAUUCUCUCAGCAGUCUAAGCUGGGAAGGCAGAAUUGUGGUAGUUGGUUUUGCUGGUGGAGCCAUACCCUCAAUUCCAGCUAAUCUUCUGCUUUUGAAAAAUAUUUCAGCGAUGGGUGUAUAUUGGGGUCGUUACAGAAAUGAGGAUUUUGGUUUAUUUUCCAAGUCCAUCUUUACAGCUAUUCAGCUUUGCAAGGAGGGUAAAAUCAGACCCCACAUUGGAGCUGUCUACAAACUUCAUCAGGUGAAUGAAGCUUUUCUACAUGUAGCACAAAGAAAAUCAAUAGGCAAGGUCAUCGUGUCCAUGAGAUAGCAGAUAAAAGGUGCAUUCAGUCUUCCUGGCUUGCUUGAAGAGUUCUGUCCCAGAACAUGUGCAGAUUUUCAUUAAAAGGACGCUUCAGAUUUGUUAUACCACUUCAAGUAACUUCAGCUUUUCGAUGGCUUCUCUCCUCUGGCUGAUUUUUUUUCUAUGGGGAAAAAGCAGAAAAUGCAUUUUGCAGCUUUUCUUGAAUGUUAUCUGAAUAUUUAAAAGCAUGAAGAGAAGUAGUUGUUUGUGCUAAAAAAGAAAAUAUAGCUUCAUGACAAUAUGUAAUUUGAGCUGUACCUUUGAAUAUAAAAUAAUUAAAGCCAAAAUUAUCGUGAUAUAGUUCAUUGUCAUAUUUGAUAAAUGACACUUAAACGCAGGACAGAAAAGCAGCUGACAUUUAAAAACCUGAAGUGACUCCUUAUUUUUAGUAAUUCAGAUGAUGAUAAGUUAUAUUUUGUGAAACUCUUCUGUUUAGUUAAAAGUAGUUACAUAAAUAAAGUUUUCUUAAUGUCUCGUGUGAUAAAAACACAUAUCUGUCCAUGUAAUUUUUAUAGGCUUUAUAUAUAGCUGAUCCAAUAAACUAAUAACAUAUGAAAAUGUAACAAUUUAUCCUGACUGUUACAGAAAUUUGAUUAGAAUAGUAGUAAUAUUUUUCAAAUUGUAAUACUCUUUUCUAUU